CAUCUAGAGCAGCGCCAUCUUCGUAACCAGAAAACUUGGAAUAUCAUUCCGUUCUCAUUCGGCGAUUCAUUGUUGCUUUGCCGUUGCCGACCGAUAAUAUUUGUUACAAGUGUUAGAUUUCUACUUAAUUUAACAAAAUGGCAAGACGUUAUGAUACCAGAACGACAAUCUUUUCGCCCGAAGGGCGUCUCUAUCAAGUGGAGUACGCCAUGGAGGCCAUCAGCCAUGCAGGUACCUGCUUAGGUAUUCUGGCAAAUGAUGGAAUUCUGCUGGCAGCAGAAAGGAGGAACACCAACAAACUCUUGGAUGAAGUGUUUUCAUCAGAGAAAAUCUAUAAACUAAAUGAGGACAUGGUGUGCAGUGUUGCUGGAAUCACAUCAGAUGCAAAUGUGCUCACUAAUGAGUUGCGUUUAAUCGGCCAGCGUUAUUUGUUACAAUAUGGAGAAUCUAUUCCCUGUGAACAGCUGGUUUCUUGGUUGUGUGAUGUGAAGCAAGCCUACACUCAAUAUGGUGGCAAACGGCCGUUCGGCGUAUCUAUCUUGUACAUGGGAUGGGACAAACAUUAUGGCUACCAACUCUAUCAGUCUGACCCAAGUGGAAACUACAGUGGAUGGAAAGCAACUUGUAUUGGAAACAACAGUUCUGCUGCAGUUUCAAGCCUAAAGCAGGAAUACAAAGAAAAUGAAACUACUUUGAAAGAUGCCAAAUCUUUGGCUGUUAAAGUAUUGAGCAAAACUUUGGACAUGACUAAGUUGACAGCAGAGAAAGUUGAAAUGGCAACGUUGAGUCGCGUAAACAAUAAAACCGUCAUUCAUAUUUUGACGAAUAAAGAAGUUGAGCAGUUGAUCGCCGAAUUUGAGAAGUCCGAAGCGGAAGCCGAAGCACAGAAGAAGGAGAAGCAGCAUCCAAAAUAAGCUGCUGAUUAAUUAUUUUUUUCUACAACCUAUUGAUUAUCUUAUAAUUGUAAUUAUGAUGGUAUCAAGCAAGGACCUUUAAUAAUACUUGAAAAUAUCUUUAAAACAUGAA